AUGGUAAUUUUCUGGAAAUUACAAUUACUUCACUACGACGCGUUCAUGAUCCACCUCCAUUUGCCACCCCAACAUGAUCCCUUUACAAAGAUUCGUGCUAAGCGUCUAGCCCGGUUGGGAGCGUCCCUGGCCCUUGCCCAAACGCCACCAUCGGCGUCGGCGUCGCCUCAACCUCAAACACAACCGAAACCAGAGGCCACUCCCACUCCCAAACCUCAGCCAGUUCAGCAGUCUCAGCCACCAGCCCAGCCAGCAGCUCAACCAGCGCCCGAGCCCGUGAAAAAGCCCACUCCUAAACCCGAACAGUCGCUUCUGCAAUGGUUCGUUUCGGUACUUCCGGGCCUCUUUGGCGCUACUUUGGACCCCCACGACGGUAAACACAUGUACCUUGAGCUGGUAUCGGCCGACGACCACCCGGAACUGCUGCUUGACGAGAUCUUCAUGGAGAUCUUGGGGUCAAUCGGCGUCCCCACGCUGCUGGUGGUUGAGUACCUCCACGGCGUCUACCGCCACGCCUAUCUGACUAGUCGCCGCAUGCCUGCUGCUACUACUUCUAACUAUGAAGCCAAGACCGCUGUGCUUAAGAAGGUGUCAAAAUUAGCGUGCACUUACGCCAACCUGUCGUUUGAGGAGCCCGAUAUGUUCGCCAAUUCCGACCCGGAAGUACAAGUGGAGUGGUUCGUAAACCACCCUCAGGAACUGGGGUUCUUGGUCGACAUUGUUGCUCAGGCGGACGAACAGGGCACCGUCGAGGAAUUGCUCAACGGGAUCGUCCCCAUUGCCACCAGCAAGCUUCUCCAGUUGACGGUGGCCACCCCACAAUACCUGAACUACAUCCUGUUGUUUGAAACGCUCGUGCUGAUAAAGCUGGUGGCUCGUGUCUUCAGUCAGAUCGACACCUUCGAACCGCAGAACCCCGACGACCCCCUCAGCUUUGAAAACACUACAAUUCUUGGUGCGCUUCUCAGAUUAUCGCCGUUAGGCACUGGGGUGGGUCAGUACUAUUUCAGCGAUAUCCACGACUGGAAGCACCCGUCGCAGCUGGCGUUAAUCAAUGACUACUCUCUGAUUAACGCUGAGAAUAAAGUGGUGACCAGCCGGUUAUUCAACAUCGUCAACUCUCUCGUGCGUGGUGGCCCCGAUACCCGCCAAGCGGUGGUGUCGUGGUUCGCUCGUCUCAUCAACUUGUCGCACUUACGUACCGGUAGUCACGCCGACUUGACCAAGCUUCCGGGGGAUGGGAUCAUGUUCAACGCCACUCUCGUGCUCAUCCGUCUCUCGACGCCGUUUUUGGACUACCCCGUGUACUCAAAGCUCGAUAAGAUUGCCAUGAAUUAUGUCGACACCGAGGGGCUGGUGCUCAACGUCGAUGAAGAACUGAGAGUGAAUGCCUCGCUCGACGAAGUCAAAGAAUGGAGACUGCAACAGAUGGAGACUGAACCCAACUUCAUCAGUCACUGUUUCUACCUUACUCUCACUUACUUACACUACGGUAUGGGUGGUAUCUUUCUGCACGCACUGAGAAUCAAGCAGCAACUUAAGCAAUUGUACCAACGGUUAUCGAUGAUUGAAGACGAAAGCCAAUCUCAAAGCAACGCGGCCAUGGCGGCGAUGAUUCGCGGUAACUUCCUUCCUCGCUUGAAGCAGCAAGCGCAACAGUGGGAACUGCACCGCCACACCAUCUUGGCAUUAUUCGGUCUGCAAGAGCUCGAGCUCGAAAUCUUCGACUUUGUCGUCGGCUGCUGCACUUACUUCAUGUACGUGAUCGACCCCAACCACGCCUACCCUAAGCAAAAGUUGUCGAUCCCCUACUUUGAAUACAGUGACGUCAGCCAGCUCGACGACGCCGAUUUUUUGCGGUCGAAAGCCCCCGUCCCUUGGCGGUUCAUGCCUGAGUACAUGAUUGAGGGUAUCAUCAACUUCUGCAAGUUUUCCACCGAGUUUAUGGCGUGUCCGUUAUUGCGCAGUGACGAACGCAAAAUCAUGGUGUUCAUUGAGCUUGCCAUCGUGUUGUUGCGCUGUCCUGAGCUUCUCGGUAACCCCCACAUGAAGCUGAACCUUGUUGAGCUCUUAUUUAUUGGCUCGUUGCCGAUGCAAAAUGGCACUCCGGGCUUCUUUGUGCCGAUUUUCCAGCUGAACCCGAUGGUCAAGGACAACUUGUUGUUCUGUCUUUUGGACUUCUACGUCAUGGUGGAAAAGACCGGUGCCCUGUCUCAGUUCUACGACAAGUUCAACUCGCGGUACCACGUGCUGGUGAUCUUGGAGGAAAUCUGGAAAGGUGGUGCCCACUACAAGCUGCAGCUUUCGGACUACUCGAAGAAGCAUGUUAGUUUCUUCGUGCGGUUCGUGGCGAGAAUGCUCAACGACACCACAUACUUGUUGGACGAACUGUUCAAUGACUUGGCGAAAAUUCAUGACUACCAAACAGAGAUCAAGCAUCGGGCUCAAGGCGGCCCCGCUAACGAAGAUUUGGGCACCGACGAAGAGUUGGCAGAAAAGUUGGAGCUGUCGGAGCGCACGGCCCGUUCCUGCUUAGGCUUGGCCAACAAGACAAUCGAGUUGUUCAAGUUGUUCAGUAAGGAAGUGCCGAAAGCCUUUACGCUUGAUGAAGUUGUGGACCGGUUGGCGGCAAUGGUUGACUACAACUUGGGGGUGCUUGUUGGACCCAAGUGUCUGAACCUCAAAGUGGAUCAGCCGGAAAAGUACUCGUUUGACCCUAAGCGCACCUUGCAGGACUUGUGUGUUAUCUACGUCAAUUUGAGUAGUCAGGAUAAGUUUGUCAAAGCGGUGUCGCGUGAUGGACGGUCGUUUAACAUUGCUCACUUCCGCAAAGCGCAAAACAUUUUGGCAAGCAAGACAUUCACUGAUCCUAAGUUGUUGGAUAAGUUUAUUGCAUUUGCCGAGGAGGCUGAGUCUAAGCGCCAAGCCGAGGAGGACGAGGAUCUUGCCCUUGGCGAUGUUCCUGAUGAAUUCUUGGACCCGUUGAUGUUCACGCUUAUGGAGGACCCCGUCAUCUUGCCCAAGUCGAGAAUCAGUAUUGAUCGCUCCACCAUCAAGGCUCACUUGUUGAGUGACCCCACUGAUCCGUUUAACCGGAGCCCGCUUAAGUUAGAGGAUGUGAUCCCUGAUGAGGAAUUGAAGGCAAAGAUCGAGGAGUUCAAGCAGUCGAAGCGUAAUACGUAA